AUGAACAGAUUCAAAGUCGUCAGAGCCAUUAUCAGAUCCAUACACAUGUCUAAGAAUAAGCCAGAACUAGCCAAGUUACUUUCUUCCAAACCUGUCAGCGAUACAAGCGAUUGUAAAUGGAUCGGUUUGAGAAAACUGACUUACCAGGACCCUAACGGUAAAGUUAGAGAAUGGGAUAGUGCAGUGCGAUUGACAAGGAGCGAAGGUGGCGUCGAUGGAGUUGGGAUAUUAGCUAUUUUGAGAUAUUCUGACAAGCCGGAUGAGAUUCUUUUGCAAAAGCAAUUCAGACCACCGGUGGAAGGUGUAUGUAUUGAAAUGCCAGCUGGUUUAAUCGACGGCGGAGAGAGCAUUGAAACAGCAGCAUUGCGAGAAUUGAAAGAAGAGACUGGAUACGUUGGUAAAAUCCUACAUGCAACCCCUAUUAUUUUCAACGACCCAGGAUUCACUAAUACGAAUCUAUCUUUGGUGACAGCAAUCGUUGAUAUGUCGUUACCAGAGAACCAAAAUCCAGUUUCAGAACUGGAAGAGAAUGAAUUCAUCGAGUGUUUCACAGUUCCUCUGGCAUCGAUGGCCGAUGAGAUGGCCAAGCUAGCUGAACAGGGGUACAAGUUAGAUGCUAGGGUUCAAAAUGUUGCCCAGGGUAUCAAACUUGCUCAGGAUUUGAAAUUAUGA